CCAGCUGGCGAUGCUCUUGGAGCAAGGAUCCCAUCUAAAGAAUCCGCCACCACACCUAGGUGAAGCUGAUGAAUCGUCUUUCGGGAUACAUCAUACAAUGUUAUGCGAAAAGAACAGCUGAACAUCAUACAAUGUAACUCAGAAGAAAGUCAGAAAUUGCAGAUGUUGGAAGUGGUACCAUUCCUACUACACCAACAAAGUGUGAAAACCCAAAAUAGAAAGGAAAAAAACAGAGUCAACAAGAGAUUUGAAAUGGCAUUAUGCCAAAACAAAACCAGACUCUAGCUUUGGACAUAUUCCUCCUAAAGAAGAAUAAUACAGCCAAAAUAAUGGUAUAUGUGUGGGUAUUAAUACCUAGUAAAUCACCAUCUCAACAAAGGGAGACCAAUUACAAUCAGAGCAAAUUAGAGGAUAAUUUGAUGAGUUGGGAAAAUUGAUCAACAGAGCAUCUUAGAGUUUACUCAAUUAACAUUAUUAUUGGUGGGUCAAUUUCACCCCCAUAUAUCCUCCACAUGCCAUAAUUCAUCUUCAUUUGAUUUCUCUCAAACAUCCCAUAUCUCAACCUUACAGUUGCUCUCUCUCUCUCUCUCUCUCUUUCCUCUUUUCUUUCUGCAGAAACCAUGAAGGGUUGCUUCAACAUCACGGCAACCUUAGGUUUAGCAUUCUCCUUGUUCCUCAUCUUCUUCUUCCCUCACUCUUGCUUUUCUCGCAAGAUAAGUAGUGCAAGUGUUAACAAUGGAUCAAACAUCUUCAAUGUGCUCGACUAUGGAGCUGUUGCAGAUGGAAAAACGGAUAAUUCACAGGCUUUUCUGAAAGCAUGGAGCGAUGUCUGUGGAGCAUCAUCAUUGGCCAGCAACAUGCCAACUCUGGUUGUACCAGCCGCCGCCGGUAACCGUGAAUUUCUGUUGAAUCCUCUGGUUUUCCAAGGUCCAUGCAACUCCUAUCGCCUUCACUUUCAGGUGGGUGGUAGGAUAGUGGCGCCCGACGAGACUGAUGAGGCAGCGUGGAGGAAUAACAGGCAGACAUGGAUUGCAUUCUUCAACGUCGACGGCCUGAGCUUGAACGGCGGCGGCUCCUUCGACGGCCGCGGCCAGCUUUGGUGGGAUUUAUGCAAAAACGAAGACUUCAACUGCACUCGGCCCACGGCGCUGUACUUCAACAACUGCAACCGCCUCCGGCUGAGCAAGCUCCGCCACCUCAACAGCGCAAAGAACCACAUCGGCAUCUCCGCCUCCAAGAUCGUCCGAAUCUCCCGCCUCGCCAUCGCCGCCCCCGGCGACAGCCCCAACACCGACGGCAUCGACAUCUCCGGCUCCUCCUACGUCCGCGUCCGGGACACCGUCAUCGGCACCGGCGACGACUGCAUCGCCAUCAACGGCUUCUGCUCCCACGUCGACGUCGCCCGGGUCGCCUGCGGCCCGGGCCACGGGAUCAGCGUCGGUAGCCUGGGAGAGGACGGCGCUUACCAGACGGUGUCGGACGUCCGCGUCGCCGAUUGUGUUUUUAACCGGACGCUUAGUGGCGCCAGGAUCAAGACUUGGCAGGGCGGGAGUGGGUACGUGAAGAAUGUCACUUUCGAGAGACUAAGGAUGAUCGACGCCGGGAACCCAAUCAUAAUCAACCAAGACUACGUCAACAACCGCACCGGCAGCCCGCCGUCGAACAUUCAGAUCAGCGACGUCACAUACGACGGCGUGUCGGGCACUUCGAGCGUCCCUAGAGCAAUCUACUUCCACUGCGAGGAGGGCACCUCGGGGAACGGCUGCGACGGGAUUGUAAUGAAAGAUGUCCACAUCGCGGCGGCGGCGGCCGGCGUGCAGACUUACGCCGUCUGCAUUAACGCCCACGGCACUUCCACGCCGUCCAAUUUUCCUAGCGUCUCAUGCCUGGCGCCUUAAUUAAUUAGUUGAUUGCCAUUUUUUGGGGGGGUGUAAAUAAUGAUCUAGUUGUUACAUUAUAUGGUUCACAUUAGAAGCUGAUUAAAAUGGGAUUUUUCGAUUGAUUAGUUGAUUUGUUAGAUGGUUGAUUGCAAUAUGUGUUUUUUUUUCUUCUCUAGUAGCAUGUGAUUAAAGUAACGUAAUUUUUGGUGAUUUUGCGGGUAGAAUGUAGUUCAUAUAUCCAGUGGCGGAGCCAACAUUUCAAACCAUCCCUGUCCUCUUUUCAUAAUAUAAAUAUAUACAUAUUUAAUUAAAAAAAUAAUUAUAUUUUCAUAAUUCAUUCAUAGAUUAAAAAUAACCGACUAUACAAUCAUUGUUUUUAACAACCACGGAGAGAUUUCAUAUUGUGAAAGAAACGCAAAAAACAUUCGUCGUCUACACUAUUAAAUAAGUCUUUUUUCAAUGUAUCUCACUAAAUUAGCAUCAACAAAUUGGUCUUCGAAUCGACUUGGAAACUUGUUCUUAAUAUAACUCAAAGCUGGAAAAUGCCUCUUUUUACAUUUGCACAUGUAAUUCUUAGAAUAAAAAACUAGUAGAAUUGUCGAUGUCGCUAGACGAUUUCAGAGUUGUUGGGGAAAAAAUCGAAUGGGCAUCAGGAGAAAAGAGAUCUGAUUAGGUCUUUAUUGCAAUUAAAAUUCGUUUAUAGUAUAAUAAAUUAAUUUUAUGUCAAUUUAUCAAUAAGUAAUGAGUUGUGCAUGCCAGAAAUAUAGCACUGCCUGUAAACAAAUACAAGCAUGCAUAUUGAAAAUACUAGAAAUAUACUAAAGCAUAAUACAAGAAAAUAUACUAGAAAGAUAGGGGGAAAAAAGGAAUCAAAAUAUUUCUACACUUAUACUAAAACUUAUUCUCCAUUAAAAUUUUGGAGCGACAGAAGCCAACAUCUUCCAUUGUCGUCCAGCGGUUAGGAUAUCUGGCUUUCACCCAGGAGACCCGGGUUCGAUUCCCGGCAAUGGAACCUUUUUAAUUUUCCAGAGACUCAACUCAACCCAUAUUGUUUUGCGUAUUAACUAUGCAGUUGUUGAGUUUCUCAAAUUCAUCUUAGCUACAAUUCUCAGCAGUUCGGUUGGAUGACAAGUUGUUAAAAUAAGUUCCGCUUGAAAUGAGUUCAUUGUUCGAAUACAUGUCGUUUUGACGGACUUCUAUAGAUAUGUAUUGUAAACCAUUGGUUAUGUUUUGACUGGGGGGAAGAAAAAUAUGCAAUGUAUCGCUCUAAGAUGAUCUAAUUUUGAAUGUUUCUCAAGUCCAACCAAAUCGAAAUAAGAAUUCAGUUAAACU